GGCGUUGUGGCUUGUGAGGAGGACAGGUCUCUGAUCAUUAGGCAAACACUUCUUCGUGAAUGAUUAGCUAUUUAAAGUCCUUGAAAUUUGGUAAUUGGGAUACGACAUUGAAAUCUGUUUGUUUCGCAUACCUUUGAAAGAAAAGUCGUGCUGAAGAAAGAAAGACAUUUGAGAGUACAACAUUGUCCAUAUCAAACAGACAAGCAACGCCACCCCCUCCAUCAACAAUGCCUACUCCUUUAGAUAGAGCUCUUAGCUCCAAAAAUGCAGUAUUAGCUUUCACUGGCAUUGUAACUGCAGCCGCAGCUUGGUCCAUUUGGGGUACUGAUAUGUUCCCAAAGGAAGAAGAUCCUACCGGUGAUCCAGAAACGUGGUCGAGAGAGGAAUUGCGCAGAUGGUUGGCGGCUGUUAAGAGAUCUUCAUCCACAACACAAGGAUACCAAAGAGCAGCUGUUAGAGAGGGUAAAGGCAAAUCUACGAGUGCCAAGAAAGUCAUAAAAGCCAUGAUACCUAGUAGUUGUCGGUCUUUUCAGGCAGGAGAAUCGGGCGUUGGAGUCAGUACUUCGGAUAUUACGAUUAUGAUUAGGGAAGGCGUCAGGUCACUUAUGCUCAGCUCAGUUAAGCACGCAUUGAUACUGAUAAAUUUUCAUAAGUUACAGCUUCCUCCGGGUUGUUUAAUGAACAUUGAACCUCAUGACCUUCUUGUCAUGCAGAUUUGUCCUAUGUUCUUAAUUUCUAAUCGUUCGAUCGACAUCCCAAUGCUACCACCAUGAAAAAGAAAGGUAUCAAAUUCCGCGAAAAACUACGCCCAUAAAUUGAUGCAUACUGUGCUUGCUGCAGCCCACAUAGAAUAACGAUCAAGAGAAAAAGUAAAUAGUAGGAAUGAUACACCCUUGGUAAGCUUGCGGCACA